GAGGCCGUGAGCUAUAAAUGAGACAAGUGCAAAAUAAACAUUUGCACGGUUGACCCACAGAGACAAUGGAAGCGCUUUUUAUCCUCAUAAGCGUCCUCGCUUCGUGCAGUCUCUCAUUCAGCCAAGAAUGUCAAAGAGAAUUGCUGGAGAAUAUCGACUUUCCUGGAACGGACAUCAAGCAUGAGUACUCUCCUGAUGUGCACCACUGUCAGCAAUUGUGCACGCAGUACCCGUCUUGUCUCUUCUUUACAUUUCUACGUGCUGACUGGACCAACGAUAAAAGGCACUUUUACUGCUACCUAAAGUCUACGCCCUCGGGACAGCCCAAAGUUCAGAAAGUCCUCAGCGGGGUCACCUCCGGGUAUUCUCUCAAACCGUGCGGCCCAAACCCACAGCCUUGCCUGUCUCGCGUCUACCCAAAUGUGGACUUUUUGGGGGCAGACUACCGCACCUUGUUCACAAGCGACUACGAAGAGUGUCAGCGAGUGUGCACCAAAGACCCCUUUUGCCAGUUCUUUACAUUUAUCAAUGGCGUCUUCACGCCCGAGAAUUACAGGUAUAAAUGCCACCUGAAAUUCAGCUGGACUUUACCGAGGACCUUAAACGUAAACAGGAAGUCUGGCGUGGUGUCUGGCUUCUCGCACAGUGUCCAAUUUAGUGAGCCCUCUGACACACCCUGCUCCAUGAAACUUUUUCCGAGCACCGACAUCGUUGGGGGUACCUUGGAGUCACAGUUUGCUGGCACGCCAGAGCAUUGUCUGGCAUUGUGCUCUGCUCAUCCACGCUGUACCUACUUCUCUUUCGAGAGCAACUCCUUCACCUGUCGUCUGAAAAACAAUGCCAAUGAACUCGUGAUACAGGCCAAAGAAGGUGUCACGUCUGGCAUAGCAACGCACUUCUGUCAACAAAAUUCAGACUGGGCAAAGACGGCUCUUGAGGGCGUCGAUUUCCAAGGUUCGGAUAUUCGCUUCGAGUUGUUGGACGACGCAGAAACGUGCCAGAAGACGUGUUCUAUUGACCAAAAUUGUCAAUUCUACACUUAUGUCGAUGACAGCUUCCACGACUCGGCUUACCGACGUCGCUGCUAUCUCAAGCGCUUCACCACCAUGCCAGCUCCUCCCAAGGUAUCCAAACUGACCAAUGUGGUGUCUGGGUUCACCUUGAGGAACUGCAUUUAGACAAUUAUCAUCCUGGCUAAUCGGGACCAAUGCAUCGAAAUUGUCAUUUCUGAAAUAACACAAAAUAAAUGUUCCAGAAAUGAAACGGUUU